GUUAGCAAUGGCGGUUGCUACUUGUAUUUAGAUUUGUUCGCGUCUUGGUCAGAUAUGCUAACAAGUCUUACAAAAAAAGCAAGUGUGGCAUAGUUUCAGACAUGCUGUUUAUGAUAAUGAAUUAUACACGGACGAGUGAACUGUGUCACAGCGAUGACAGUUAAGGUGGCAUGCUGAUGAAAAUCGGAAACUAAUCCGCUGCUACAUUAUUAGCUACCAACUAGCUAGCUGCCUGGCAACCUAACGCUAGCUCUGUGAGCUAGUGAGCUAGCUAGCUAGCUUCUUUACGCACUAGUUUUACUAGCUAGCCAUUCCAGUAGUGUUGACCGAUGUGAAAAGUUAUCGGUAAAUCUGAUUUCAAUGGUCGGUUUUACUGCCGACACUUCAGAAUUGUGAUUUUCGUCGUUUCCACUUUCUGCAGUGUUGGCAAACUGUCUUUGCAGCUGUCCUUCGGUCGUCAGCACCAGCGACAUAGCUAACUCUAGGUGUCAGCCUCGCAGGGUAUCGGCCGGUCGAUCAGCUGUAGACAUGCCAGCAUUGGAAACGGAUAAGGAGGAGUCCGACAGAUUGAUAGAGAAAGCAAAAUUAUGUCUGCGAUCGGGUCGGAAGGAGAAAGCUUUGCAGCUGUUGUAUGAGGCGCAGAAAAUCUACCCCAGCACCCGAGCCAGAGUCCUCAUUGACGCCAUUGUGAAGAAUGGGAGCGCAGCAGCCCCUGAAACGGAGCGGACAUACACACCACCGCCUGGCUGGAGGAACAUGGACGAGGACAGCCGUGGCCAGCGGCAGCAGCAGCAGCGUCACAGUGCUGGCGAGGGCAGCAAGGGGCACGGCGAUGACAAGAGCUACACUGAAGAGCAGAGGCAGGGAGUGCUCAGGAUAAAAAGAUGUAAGGACUUCUAUGAGAUCCUGGGAGUACCGAAAGAUGCCAGCGACGAGGACCUGAAGAAGGCUUAUCGAAAGCUUGCGCUUCGGUUUCACCCAGACAAGAACUGUGCUCCUGGGGCCACUGAUGCUUUUAAAGCCAUUGGUAAUGCCUACGCAGUGCUGAGUAACCCAGAGAAGAGGCUGCAGUAUGAUCAAUGUGGAGAACAGGGAGCUGCAGAGCCAAGCAGUAAUUCUCCAGACCCUCCACGGCACUCUCGCGGACAUCACCGCACCUUCCACAGGGACUUUGAGGCUGACAUCUCCCCGGAGGAGCUGUUCAACAUAUUCUUUGGGGGAAGGUUUCCAACAGGCAACAUCCAUGUGUAUACCAACAGAGGAGCCUCAUACUCACAUUUCUACCAGCCACGGCGACGCCGUGUGUAUGAGAGACGGGAAGAGGAUGUAGAGGAUAACCGGAGCCAGAAUACAUUCACAGCGGUCCUACAGCUUCUGCCCGUGUUGGUGCUCAUCCUCAUCUCUGUCGUAACCCAGCUGAUGGCCACCAACCCCCCUUACAGCCUCUUCUAUAAGCCGUCCAUGGGACUGGUGGUGUCCAGGGAAACCCAGCACAUGGGCAUACCAUACUAUGUGGAUAAGGGAUUUGAGAAGGAGUAUCACGGGGUAGCCCUGGAUGAGCUGGAGAAGACCAUCGAGAGUGAGUACAUAGAGCAUCUCCAGAACAGCUGCUGGAAGGAGAAACAACAGAAGUCAGACCUGGCUAACCUGGGACAGCUGUAUCGAGACGAGAGGCUGAAGCAGAAGGCCGAGACCAUGAAGCUGGAACACUGCGAGAAGCUGCACCGCUUAGCGAGCCACGUAAGGGGCAACUGAGCCCCCACCCAGCCCCCACUCCACUCAGGCACCUAACUCUCCCCCAGAUGAAGAGUUCUUAGUAUCAGUGCUUAAUUUCAGUUCAUCUGUUCGACUGACCUCGUUGGAAAAAGGGACAAUGCGGAGCAGAGGGGGCAGGCGGAGAGCCCGUGCCCUUUACCCCUGCUGCUGGGGGAGGGGCAACUGGCAAGCUGAAGGGUGCUGGAGAUGUGGGCAGUGAUGUAUUCAGCCCGCCUACUGCGCCAGUGAAGUGUAACUUCACCGCAGUCCAGGUGUGAGUGUGCGUGCGUGCGUGUGUUUUUUGGCAGAUGUUAAUGUUAUUUCCUUAUAUUAAGGAACUUGGGCUGCAAGCUCCAUACUUGCUGAGAAGAUAGAUGCUAGAGGUUCUAGUGUUCACUCCCAUUUUAUUGGAUGCCUGCCUGAGUUUUGCUAGUAUUACUGAUAAUAGAAAAUAAUUUCAUUUAUGUACAUUAAUUUAUUUAACUUAUUUAUUCCUUAUUUUUGUUCAUGUGCAGUGACUUCUAAGUGACUUACAUCUAAUGAGGUUAAAGAGCUUUCAGCUGAACACUAAGAUUUUUUUUUUUUAAAGACUAAAUUAAUGUAGUUGCAAAAACAGGCCACUAAUCACUACUACAUUCAGAAGCUCUUCCAUAUUAAAGAGACUGUAUAUAAAGUUGAAUUUAUUUUUGUGGAAUUUACUUUACUCUCUUGAAUGAUUUAAUUGUUCAGUUGCCUUGACUCCUGUCAUAGGCCAUUAGCUUAAUCCCUAAUACAAAUCCUUUUCAGAUGUGUUGUAGAGCGAAAAGAAGUCCUCUUUCUGUGAUGUCAAAACUUUGCCAAAAGCCAUUACCUCAGUUGUAUUCAUUCAUAGAUUUACUCUUACCAGAUUCCAGUUUGUUUAUGUGUGUUGCAUGCAGCCCAGUGAUGUUCCUUUGCUUUGUGCUAGUGUUUAACAGCACCAUUAGGAUAGGAUUUAUUUACAAGCUCGUGUUAACAGCCAAGGCACUGAAGAGUCAACUAUUACUGUUUAAUUGUAGAGUACCUCAUAUCACUCAGCACUGGUCAUGAAGUUUCAGAUGUGAUGACCUUUUUAAUACAGCACAUUUGGGGCCCUGGGAUCCGUGCUGGACGUUUAACAGCACAACAAACGGGGCCCUAAUCAGGAAUUCAUGGGUUUCAUUGGAGUAGCACUGGCACUGGAAAAACGGAGACUGCAGGCGAUCUGCAGUCACAUUAUCUUGCAUCCAUAGCCAAGCUAGUGUGUUCGGUUAGUUGGUGGUGAGUGAGAUUUUGUUCUGGUUUAAUAAAAUACUAAGCAUUC